UUUUAUCGCAGUGCGCAGGCUCAAAGAAGUCGUAGUGUUCUUCAAUAGCCGCGCACGGAGAUUACUGUAACGUUAUUGAUUUAUAGUCAAUCGGUCACGGCUUACGCCUCCAUUGUAUUCCGUUCGAUUACGGAUGCGACGGAGCAGCCGUCAAUAAGUUUAAUAUCAGGUGAAGUGUUGCUUAAAUCCGUCGAAGAUGGGUUCCUUAUUUCGUAGUGAGGAAAUGACUUUGUGUCAGCUCUUCUUGCAAAGUGAAGCUGCCUAUGCAUGCGUGUCUGAACUCGGAGAACUAGGGCUUGUUCAGUUUCGCGACUUAAAUCCCGACGUAAAUGCAUUCCAACGCAAAUUCGUCAACGAAGUUCGUCGCUGCGAUGAAAUGGAGAGGAAGCUGCGGUAUCUGGAGAAGGAGAUCAGACGUGAUGGCAUCCCAAUGUUGGAGAUACCCGGGGAGUGUCCAGAAGCACCACAGCCCCGAGAGAUGAUAGAUCUUGAGGCUACGUUCGAGAAACUCGAGAAUGAACUCCGCGAAGUCAACCAGAAUGCGGAGGCGUUGAAAAGAAACUUCCUGGAGCUGACCGAGUUGAAACAUAUCCUGAGAAAAACACAAGUGUUCUUCGACGAGCACGAGGGCAGUUCGAAUACGACAGAGUCGAUGACGCGCGCGCUCAUAUCCGACGAUCCGAGUAAGCACAUGGGACAAGUGCAGCUAGGUUAUCGGGACAAACAAGAGUCCUUGGAAUUCCUGCCCUGCUUCGUGGCGGGCGUGAUCCUGCGCGAGCGCAUCCCCGCGUUUGAACGCAUGCUGUGGCGAGCGUGCCGCGGCAACGUGUUCCUACGACAGGCAGAGAUCGACACGCCGCUCGAAGACCCCUCCUCGUCUGAUCAAGUGUACAAGUCGGUGUUCAUAAUCUUCUUCCAAGGAGACCAGCUCAAGACCAGAGUUAAGAAGAUAUGCGAGGGUUUCCGCGCAACCCUCUACCCUUGCCCGGAGGCACCCGCUGACAGGCGAGAGAUGGCCAUGGGCGUUAUGACCAGAAUUGAAGACUUGAACACGGUUCUUGGACAGACCCAGGACCACCGACACCGCGUGCUGGUGGCGGCUGCGAAGAACAUCAAGAACUGGUUCGUGAAGGUGCGCAAGAUCAAGGCCAUCUACCACACGCUCAACCUGUUCAACCUGGACGUCACCCAGAAGUGUCUGAUCGCGGAGUGCUGGGUUCCCGCGCUCGACAUGGAGACCAUACAGCUGGCUUUAAGAAGGGGAACCGAACGUAGCGGUAGUUCCGUGCCGCCGAUCCUCAACCGCAUGGAGACCCUGGAGGACCCGCCCACCUAUAACCGCACCAACAAGUUCACCGUCGCCUUCCAGAACCUCAUCUACGCGUACGGCGUGGCCACCUACCGAGAGGUUAACCCAGCGCCGUACACAAUAAUCACGUUCCCGUUCCUGUUCGCCGUGAUGUUCGGAGACCUGGGCCACGGCGCGCUCAUGGCCGUCUUCGGCUUCUGGAUGUGCUACAAGGAGAAGCCGCUGCAGGCCAAGAAGAUUGACAGCGAGAUCUGGAACAUAUUCUUCGGUGGUCGCUACAUAAUUCUGCUCAUGGGCCUAUUCUCCAUGUACACCGGCCUCAUUUACAACGACAUCUUCUCCAAGAGCCUCAACAUAUUCGGGUCGUCGUGGCGCAACAAUUACAACGUCAGCACGCUGCAAGAGAACAAGCUGCUGCAACUCAACCCGGACUCCAUGGACUACAUACAAAAACCAUAUCCGUUCGGCAUUGAUCCCGUUUGGCAGUUGGCGGAGGCGAACAAGAUAAUAUUCAUGAACGCGUACAAGAUGAAGAUUUCAAUCAUCAUUGGAGUGUUCCAUAUGUUGUUCGGAGUCUCCCUGUCGCUCUGGAACCAUAUCUACUACAAGCGCCGCAUCAACAUCUACGUGGAGUUCAUCCCGCAGAUCAUGUUCCUCACACUACUGUUCUUUUACAUGGUGCUGCUUAUGUUCAUCAAGUGGACCUCCUACGGCUCAACCCCACCUUUUUUCGGCAGCCAGGAUCCUGAGAUCGUCAAGUCGAGCGCGUUCUGUGCGCCGUCGAUCCUUAUCACCUUCAUCAACAUGAUGCUGUUCAAGAAGGACGAGAACUCGCGGCCGCAGUGCGACGAGACCAUGUACGCCGGUCAGAUGGGGCUACAGAAGUUAUUCGUGCUGCUGGCGCUGUGUUGCGUGCCGGUCAUGUUGUUCGGUAAGCCGUACUUCGUGAUGAAGGAACAGAAGAAGCGCGCCGCUCAAGGUCACCAGCAGCCGUUGGAAGGCGCGGCGGAGAACGGCACUGCUGGAGGAGCGGUGGUGCCCGCAGGUGGUCACCAGGACGAGGAGAUCACAGAGGUGUUCAUACAUCAGGCCAUCCACACGAUCGAGUACGUGCUGGGCAGUGUGUCCCACACGGCCUCCUACCUGCGGCUGUGGGCACUGUCACUGGCGCACGCGCAGCUCGCUGAGGUCGCCUGGAACAUGCUGCUGAGGAAAGGUCUGAUGUCCGGGGGCUACCAGGGCGGCAUCUUCCUGUACGUGGUGUUCGCGGGCUGGGCAGCCAUCUCCGUGUCCAUCCUGGUGCUCAUGGAGGGACUCUCCGCGUUCCUGCACACGUUGCGUCUGCACUGGGUCGAGUUCCAGAGCAAGUUCUAUGCCGGCGAAGGUUACCUGUUCCAACCGUUCUCGUUCGAGGUCAUCCUCGACACAGCCUCGCAGACCGACGAGUAAACUUGUGCAUAUCUGUCUGUCUGUCAUUUACACACUUCGCUUUUGAGUAGCUUAUGCUCGAACUAUAACUUCGUAUAAAUAGAUACAUGUUUAUUCACAAUAAUUGUUAUAUGGUCAUCACAUUACUGUUAUUUGUUUUGUAGAGCAUCAUGGCGGCUGUAUGUUUGAUAUGAAGUGUUGCCAAAACUGUAAAUCUGGUAAAUCAACAAAAAAAUCAAGUCUAAAUCUUGGAAAUUACUUUUCAUGAUAGUUCAUCACUUGUUCGGAUGUCGGUUAUAAAAUAUUUAUGAAUUAUAACAUAUAGAUUCCUCUUCUAUUUAGAUGUUUGAAACUCCUUUAUGAAUUACUCGAUUCUGCUUUCUACUGUUUAAGAAGUAUUGUAAUGUUGCCGUUAGAAAUUAGAUACAAAUAAAUAUAUUUCUGUCGAUAAUCUUAAAUAAUUAUAGAGAAUAUAAUCAAUAUUGUAGUAGAUGUUAAUGUAAUCUUACAAAGCGUAGCAGUUCUACAUAUUGUAUAUUAAAGAAUCUUGUCAAAGCUUGUAUCUUUCUAUAGACUUAUAUGAUGUAUAAUUUAUUUUAUUUAAAUAUUUAUUAAGUUUUCUAAGUUUUGAAAUUUCGAAGAUUUUGUAGAUUUAUUCUUGAUAAUUUGUUUUACUUUAAUAAGUUUUCCGCCAUUACAGGAGACAGUGUGUGAAUAAUAUUCAGGACAACGAUGUAUGAUAUAUUUUCAAGGUUUUGUACUAACAACUACUUUAAUAAAUUUGAGAAAGGAAUAUUUAUCAGUGAUGUUGUUCAUUAUAGCCUAAACACAUGAUCGGAUUUGGUUACGGCCUUACCAUCUGACGUGGUCUGGUAGUGGACCAUAUUUGAUGGUAUGACGCAUUGUCCAUCUCACAAAAUUAUUAGAUUACGGAUAGAAUCCUUUUGGUCGCGUAUGCGCUCCUCUAGCAAUAAAAUGAUUUCUACUUUGUCUGAGUACUUGAACAAUCCCAUUUUUUAAUAUUGGUUAGAUAUGCAUCAGAAUAACAACCAUAAAUAGCUGUAGAUAUCGAAUGUUUAUUUAUUUUUUUAAAUCAAUUUCAAAUUAAUAUCUUAUUCUUAUUAUAAUUUCAAAUUAUAUUCAUAAAUAAUUGUAAUUCUUAAUAAUUUUGACUGAUUGUAAUUGUGACUUUGUAAAAUUAUGCAAUAUGGAUAUGUGUCUGAAAUAAACAUUAUUAUUAUAAUUAAUAUUAUCACCCAGACCGUAUGAAGUACGACGCCGGACCAAUUGGUGCGAGGCACCCACCGGAUAGUGCGAUGGUACGGCCGCACCAAAUCCGACCAUGUGUCUAGGCUAUUAUAAUGCCAUCUUAUAUUAUAGAAAAAUACCUUGAUUUGAAUUGAAUGACUAAACUCAAGUUACAAAGUAAAAUAAAAUGAUGUUGUGAAGACAGGUUCAGACAGGCGCGGCUAGUAUGUAAAGAGUUAAUUUGUAUUUGUUUUGUAUAACAUUUUUAUAAGUUGAAAUGUACUUAAUCUGAUUUGAAAUAACCGAGCUCUCUUGAUGCAGUUAGACGAUGUUCCAGUAGAGAUUCAGUGAAUGUUCCUUGUUCCCGCUGUGUAGAUAAGAAUCAGAUGAAAUAUAUGGUUAUUUGUAGAUCA